GGCUGUUCCGCCGUUGUCGUUAUGUUCACCCAGGGCCUCUGUGCAGCUCUUCAAUGAUUGAUCUAUUCAGUACUCGACCAAUUUCUAUAUGAGAACAUGAGGACGGCCGUCCUCUUUGGCCGCUUCAUUCUGUGUCGUGGUAGAGGCCCGCCGCUACUGUCCCGCUUCUCCCAGCUGUCUCGAUCGCGUUCAAAUCGUUUGCUACCAUGGCCGCGACAGUCCGGAACAAGAUCCGCGCGAAACGCUCAGGGGUACAGGACGGUUCUUCUUGCCGCGCUGGCCCCCGGAGCCUUCUUGAAGCUUGCCGAGGAAGGAGACGAGGAAGGCGGCAAGACAAGUGAAAUGCAAAUGCUAGAAGUCUCGCGUCGAGAGAUCCAGAGAAAGGUCGAUGAGGAUGCAACAGGGCUAUCGCGACUCUGGCAAACUCUUGUGCUGUACGGUUAUCGGUUUGUUUACGAUCCGGUAGCCACCGGUUUUCGAUUUAUCCAUUUGCUCAUCAUCUUCCUGCCGGUCAUUUUCACGGCACCUGUCAUAUGCCUCGGAGGACAUGUCGGGGAUCGGAAAGAGGUAGUGAUGGGGACAAUCUGGUGGUAUAAAUUUCUAGUGCGUUCCAUGGAACGGGCAGGUCCAGCAUUUAUCAAGCUUGGACAAUGGGCGGCGUCGCGUACUGACAUCUUUCCUCCCGAAUUAUGUGAUAUUAUGUCCUCUCUCCACUCAAAUGCGCCUGCGCACUCAUUACGUCAGACCAAGAAGAUCAUCAGCAAAGCCUUCAACGGGCUGCCAUUUGAAGAUAUCUUUGAAGAAUUCUAUGAAGAGCCCUUGGGAGUAGGCGCUAUCGCUCAGGUCUACAAAGCGAAACUGAAACCCAAUCUUGCGGGAACAGACGAUGUCGAUUUCGACUCUCAAGCUUCCGGUUUACGGAACAAGGUCCGAAAAAACGUCGAGGCAUUGGUCAAGAGCAGUCCCCACCGGGUCCCCUCGUCGUAUGUAGCCAUCAAAGUGCUACAUCCUAAGGUGGAGCGUGUGAUUCAUAGAGAUCUGAAGAUCAUGUCAUUCUUUGCCUCUUUGAUCAAUGCUAUCCCGACCAUGCACUGGUUGUCUUUGCCGGACGAGGUCAAUCAGUUCGGGGAGAUGAUGAAGCUGCAGUUGGACUUGAGGAUCGAAGCGACAAACUUGGUUAUGUUUCGGGAGAAAUUUAGAACCCGGACUACAGCCUGGUUCCCAUACCCAUAUAUAGACUAUUCCACCAGGGAGGUGCUUGUGGAAGAAUUCGCGCAGGGCAUCCCCCUAUCAACCUUCCUUGACGUUGGCGGAGGGGUGUACCAACGGGAAAUCGCGAAUGAGGGCCUGGACGCAUUCCUCCACAUGCUACUGAUUGACAACUUUAUCCAUGCUGAUCUACACCCAGGAAACAUCAUGGUACGAUUCUACCAGCCCAGUGAAUUAGACCUGUCCCUCCGCAACAAAAGCCGCGCGUCGGAUGCGCCAACUACGGCUGAGGUUGAUGUCACCGAGUCCGUGCUUGCCCGCUUGCGACCGCAUGCUGGUAAUCGGCGUGAUUGGGAGAGGGUACUUGAUCAACUCAAUGCAGAAGGUUAUCGGCCACAACUCAUCUUCAUUGAUACAGGACUCGUCACUCAGUUGAACGACCUCAACCGGAGUAAUUUCAUCGAUCUAUUCCGUGCGAUUGCAGAAUUUGACGGAUUCCGAGCUGGCGAGCUCAUGGUUGAGCGCUGCCGUCAGCCGGAAGCUGUCAUUGAUCCUCAUUACUUCGCAUUGAGAAUGGAGCAUUUAGUCUUGAAUGUCAAGUCGCGUACGUUCGCACUAGGCAAUGUCAAAAUCGGCGACGUUCUAAGUGAGGUGCUGUCCAUGGUCCGAAGUCAUCAUGUCCGAAUGGAAGGAGAUUUCGUCAAUGUGGUCAUUUCCUGUCUGCUCCUUGAAGGUAUAGGGCGGAACUUGGAUCCGGACCUCGACCUCUUCAAAAGUGCCCUACCAAUUUUGCGAAAGUUAGGCUCGAACGCCACGGCGUUGAAGUCCGUCCGGUCAGGGGACGUGUCUAUGCUCCGUGUCUGGGUAGGACUUGAAGCGCGUGAAUUACUACAGAGCAGCAUCGACAGCGUUGAACAGUGCGUCAAAUACGACUUACUGUCCCCCAAUAUCUGAAGAGCGAUUGGUACCAAGGCCAGAAGAAAGAUCUCAGCACUGGUGUACAGUAAUGCGUAGUUUUGUUCUCAUUGCCCACCCCCUUUAGAUUAAGGCUCUAGACUACCACUAUGAAUCUUGGUCGCAAUAAUCCCUUUACAGAAGACAGAAGAAAACCAACAAAC